GUUCAUUGGUGGGGUUGUUGGUCACGUGACUUGCGGAAACGCGGAAGUAUCGCCUUGCUGCUGCCGGUGUUUCGUUAGCAGACAUGUUGCUGUGGGUUCUGUCCAGCUUGCUGGUGCUGUUUAGUACCAUUGAUUUGUGGUAUUUCAUGAGAGGAGCCUGGGCGGUCCUGAAGUACCUGUUUCAGGACCCGGUCCGAGACGUGCUAGCCGAGCAGGUCGUCCAUGGCCGAGUUCUCCCGCAUGACAUCGAUUACAUGGGCCACAUGAACAACGCUCGCUAUCUGAGGGAGUGCGACUUCGCCAGACUCUCCUAUUACACACGCAAUGGGAUGUUCAAGGCCUCCCACGCACUCGGGGCAAGGAUGGUGGUCGGAGCCUCGACCAUCCGCUACCGACGCUCACUCGGACUCGGAGAGGCGUUCGAGCUGCGGAGCCGCAUCGUGGCCUGGGACGAGAAGUCUUUCUUUGUGGAACAGCGCUUCGUGUCCAAAUCCGACGGCUUUAUCUCCGCUGUCAUACUGUGCAGGCAGAAUGUUAUUCAUAGCACACCUGAUCAGAUUUUGCAGCAUGUCUGCAAGAGAAAGGUGGAAUGUCCUGAUAUCCCAGAGGACCUUCAGCACUGGAUCAAUUUCAUCUCAGCUAACAGUCAGGCACUGAGAGCAGAAUGUGGCUUAGACGAGAAGACCAAGUGAUGAUCACAGACCAUGUUUUAUUUAUCUAAGCACAUUUUCUUUAAUACUUAUGUUAUGCCAGUACGUUAAAGGGGAAAAA